AUGGGUGAAGCUCCAAGGCAAGAUAAGGCCACUAACCAUGAUAUCAUCAGUUCCUACUUCAUUGGACCUAAGUCCGAGAAUAUGCAGGAUUUCAGAGACAAUAUCAAGAUCAUCCUGGACGGUAUUGUAGAGACUCGUAAGGCGUACCAGCCUGAAGAUAAGGAAAAUUUUAUCCCUGAUACUGUCCGACAAAAGCUCGCACCAAUCAGUGCCAACUUCCAAAAGGCAGUCGGAGAAGCUGUUCACCUUUUGGGUAAGCACUCGAUUCCUUUCUGGCAUCCCCGGUACCAGGGCCACAUGUGCACAGACAUGGCGAUGCCAGGUCUGCUUGGUUAUUUCAUGACUAUGAUUUACAACCCGAAUAAUGUGGCCGUUGAGGCAAGUCCAUUCACCACAGUUGUUGAGCUGAGAGUGGGAAAGCAACUGUGUGAAAUGUUUGGCUAUAAUACAGACGAGCAUAAAAAGGAGUUACCUCUCUCCUGGGGUCACAUUACCUGUGAUGGAACUGUGGCCAAUCUUGAAUCUAUUUGGGUUGCGCGUAAUCUCAAGUUCUACCCCCUCACCCUGUAUCAGGCUAUGAAGGAAGGGCCUCUUGGCUUCAUAGCCAAUGAAUUCCAGGUGACAACCUGUGUUGGAGAAGAGAAACUAUUCAAAGACCUGGGCGUCUGGGAACUACUAAACCUCAAACCUGACGUCAUCCUGGGCAUGGGAGAAACUCUGUAUAGACAGUUUGGUAUCACACCUAAGUUUUUAGAGGAUGCCCUGACGCCAUUCACCAUCCAGACGACUGGCAAGGACGUAUUGGAGCGUGAGUUCCGCAUCACGAAGCCCGCCAAGUAUUUCCUUGCUCAAACACGGCAUUACUCGUGGCCUAAAGGCGGCGCAAUUGCUGGUAUUGGGUCCGCCAACAUGCAGGGCGUGGAACUCGACAUGGAGGGCCGCAUUUCUCUUGACGCACUAGAGCGAGAGCUUAAUCGCUGCCUUGAAGAACGUCAGGCCGUAUAUGCCGUAGUGGCAGUUAUCGGAACAACAGAAGAAGGUGGGGUUGACCGACUGCAUGACAUCCUGCAAAUGCGUCGGCGAUUCCAGGACAGGGGGCUAUCGUUUUUGGUGCAUGCCGACGCUGCCUGGGGUGGCUACUUUGCCAGCAUGAUCCCCCGGCCCAUGAUGGACUCAGAAGUGCCCAUUAAGGAAGGGGACGGAGACACAGCGGUGGAUAAGGUGCCUUCACUACCUCUGAGGGAGGACACCCUCAAAGAUAUGAUUGCACUCAAGGAGGCCGAUACCAUCACUGUGGAUCCUCAUAAGGCGGGAUACAUCCCCUAUCCCGCUGGAAGUUUGUGUUAUCGGGAUGGUCGCAUGCGGUUUUUGGUCACCUGGACCAGCCCAUAUCUGACGCAGGGGUCCCUGGAGAAUAUCGGAGUGUAUGGUGUUGAGGGCAGCAAGCCUGGUGCUGCAGCCAUGGCGGCUUGGAUGUCUAACCAGACAAUCGGCUUAAAUCCGGCCGGAUACGGUCGUCUCCUGGGCGAGGCAGCCUUUACCAGUGCGCGGCUAUCGGCCUGGUACGCCGCCAUGCACAUCAGGCAAGAUUUCAAGGAAAAUUCCUGGGAAUUCAGGGAUUUGGACUAUGACAAUAAGGUUCAUAGGCACCGCCACUAUAUUGUCAUUCCUUUCAACCCGUUGGCGGUCGAGAAGGAGGAAGGCGUUCACAGCUUGAGCAAGACGGCUGAAGAGCGUCGCAGGAAGAUCUACACGGACCUGAUCGACAAGGACAAUGCCCAAGUCAGUGCAAAUGAGAAGUCCAUGGACUGGCUGCGGAAGCUCGGCUCAGAUCUUAAUAUCAACGCCUUCGCGAUCAACUGGUAUCGGGAGGAUGGUCAGCUCAAUACGGAAUUGGAAGAGGCUAACUACCUGAUGAGGCGGGUGGUGAACCGAUUGUCCAUUACCACAACCAGAGGGAACCCGAAUGAGGUACCACUCUUCCUGACUUCAACACAGUUCGAGCCAGCUUUGUACGGCCAGUGCGCCCAGAAUUUCAUGUCGCGCCUCGGACUGACUCCCUGCGCUCAGGAUCUCUGGGUCCUACGAAACGUCGUGAUGAGCCCCUUCCCCACGGACCAAGGCUUCAUAAACAAGAUAAUGGGACUAUUUGAGGAUAUAAUUAUUGACGAAGUGAGGUGGUGCCGCAAGCGAAACAGUCUCCAAGAUAAAAAUAUCGAGUUUCUUCUCCGGGGAACCGAUGAAGUCUUCCUGGAUUUCCAGACGAGUUUCCAUGCCGCCACUCAACGCCAACAGAUAAUUUUGGCCGCUAAGCUGGAGGAAAAUGUCAAAAAGACCUACACUGACAAGAAGAAAAGUUAUAAUGAGUGCGAUUUUGUAUUCACGUCCGAUGCCACCCAGAAUAUAGAGGGGUUGAUCAAGAGAAUCGAGAAGGGUGAAACCCCUGAGAUAGCCGGUCAUAUCAAGCUCCGCGGACAUAACGCUCCUAGUGACCGAAUUCCAUGCAAGGUAGACAUGAUCCGGAUUGUUAAAAGUCGUCCUUUGAACUCCGCUAAUCGUGACGACCACUAUCCACGACAUGUUAUGCCGUUCUAUUUAUACGGCUCUGAGGAACAGUUUCAUAUCUCACAUAUGCUGCUGCAGGCACCUAACGUGAAUCUGUCUGCGUGCGACGUCGAACUCAAACUAGGUGAUGAACUUUCCGAUAAAGUGUCCACUCGACUGGGCAAAGGAGAAGGUCUGAUCCUUACUUUAACUGAGUUCCGCGAGGAAACGAUGCAUCCCUUCCCACAAGACAACCAAAAUGCUGUUUACAAGAGCAAGGACUUUUUCUUCCAGAAGGGAAGGACCUUUAAGGUCAAGAUAUAUGAGGAUCCCAACCCGGCUAUUGCCAAAGGCCCGGGAUUGCUUGACGAACUCCGUGCGCCUAUCGCACGAGGACAGAUGACAUUAGGCGACGAUGUUCACGUUGAUGCGGAGCAACUGAAUAAGGAUCCGCUAGAAGUUACGGACGAGGGCAGUAAGUGGGAUAACGACUUGGACCAAAUUGGAAAGAUUUUGGAUGACGGGCGGAACAUGGUAUCUAAAAUUGCGCCACCAAGCCUUGUGCAAGAUGAAGCGUCACCCGCUUCAACUUAA